AUGUCCGAAACCAAUUCGCCGCCUCGAACCUCCGGUUAUCUCGAUGCUCUCUCUCAAGCGAUCCACAAGAAGCUUCAGAGGGCGCUGGCUAGUUCAUCGCAGAGGCGUAAUUUGUUGCAGGAGCUUUUUGCUGAUAUAGCUUUAGAGGUUGAUGAUCGAGCCAAAGAUGUAAUUUUCAACAAGGAAGAAGAUGUCAUUUCUCCUGCAAAUGAUGUCAUUGAUGGUCCGCUAUGUUUCUAUGAUGUGCUUGCUGAUUACUUUGUACAAGUGCCUGAAAGUGGAAAGCCCGUCCUUGACUUGAUUGUCCAACUUUGGAGCCAGUCAUUUGCUUCACAUAUUUUUAGCCUCUUGUUUCACAAAUGGAUGUUUGAAGUUCAUCUUGAUAAUCCAGAAGUGCUCCUUCGGUAUUCAUCUGCCCUGGUUCAAGGUGCCACAAAUGUUUUCUGGAUUGACAUUCAGACAAAUACAAAGCGUUUCCAGUCUAUAUUCCGUUACCUCUUGGAUGACGUUGCAUUACACCACAGUAGAUUGAAUAAAAUUCCUCUCCAGGCACAGCGAGAUAUGUAUCUUUUGCUCUCAAGGUUCAUUCUAUUUUACAAUUCAGCUGGCAAAAUCGAUAGCUUCUUGAAACAAUGCCCUGUUUUUCAAACUGCCUUCUUAGUUGGCAGUCCUGCAGAUAUAUUUGUGAAUGAACUCACGGAUCAGCUACAAAAGCUUAAGGUGGAACCUGUACUGCUGCAUUAUCUUUCAGAAAUCAAGGUCCUUCAGGGUAUGGAAUUGAGAAUGACUACAAGUACGAGAUUGAAAACUUGUUUGUAUAGUUUUACUUCUCCUGGUGGUCCAAUGUACCCGACCAGAGCUGUUCGUCAUGCUGCGUGGGAAGCACUAGAUUUUCUUUUUCCGGUUGGGCAAUACCCUCGGCAUCUCAUAAGUCUGUUCUUCAGGUUGCUCUAUCCAUGGUAUUGGCCAUCCUCUUGUUGGAACUUUGUGGUUUCGUGCAUUCGGGCUAUCUUUUAUUCCUUACUGAGGCUGAUAUUUUCUGCGUGGGAAAAAAUUGCCAAACCAAAAAGUCAAUAA